AUUGAGCAAGAAUUUAGUAAAUAAGGCAAUAGGAUUCAGUUUUCAACAAAAUAAACCUGAUCAGGCUGAAUAAUGUGGAUUGCCUGAACAGCACAUGUCAAUAUCUAAGGCUGAAAGUUGAACGCAGAGUUGAAGUGAUCUCUGGUGUUAAAAGGGUCAAUACAAUGUUACACCUAUAAAUAACGUCCAUUAUGCUGUAUAUCAAUUGUUUUGCAUUAAAGCUGUUGAGAUAUCCAAAUGAAAUGCUGUUAACUAAACAGAUACAGUACAAGUAGAAGAAUAGAAAGGAUGAGAAUGGCUUGCUGGAUCCGCUAAGAUAUCAAAGUAAAUUUUCGGACAGUUCAAGAAAUUUUACUAUUUAAUAAGUUUUAUUUCAAUUCUAACUCAACAUGCAAAUAAUAUGAAUACAAUAAAGAACAUGAAAUCAAUUGACAUCCCGUCUCUUGUUAACUGUUAGUUACAGAAGACAAAAUUUUGCACUGCCUUGUCUUGGUCGCAUGAAUGGCGACUGGACUUCAAUUGGAGUGCUCGUACUUGAGUAUUUCUUCAGUAGGGGGCAGCUUCAUCGAAGAAACUGGCGAAUGUUAUUUCUAUUCCCGGCUUACCUUAAUCGCACAACAUAUAUUCUGCACUGACACAGCAAUCAACUGUUCCAUAUAUCUUGCGGCAACUUUUGGUGGCUGAUGUCUCAUAUUGAUACAGGUGAUAUCAUCAAUGGAUCCAAAGGCCAGAGAUGGAAGUUGCUACAACAGCUGGGGCUAGGAAAAUGCUGCAAUGUUUAUAAAGCCAUUCUUCUAGAUGGAGAUUGUCAGGCUGCUGUGAAAGUUUACAAGAAAGGUUUGCAGUAUGAAGGAGCUCAGCAACGUGAACAGCUUUUACUACAAAUUGUUUUACAAAAGCAGGGAUUAUGCAAACAACUUGUUGAAGUAAUUGACAGUUUUCAAAUAAAUGGUCAUAGUAUAUUGGUUGAAGAACUGCUGGAGUUGAAUCUUUACCAAAUAAAAUGUUUAACAGAGUUGAAAACGUUCUCAUUUUACAUGAUACAAAUGUUUAUAAAAGAUGUUUUGAUAUCUCUAAAUGCAAUUCACACCAAUGGAUUUGUACAUGGUGACUUGAAACCUUGCAAUUUGAUGUGGAGUGCACAGAAUGGAUGUAUGAAACUCAUAGAUUUUGGACUUAGUUUUCACAUUAGUGAUGAGGAUGUUUGUCAAAUUCAAUCCCCCAGCUAUCGAGCUCCAGAAGUUGUUAUGUAUAACAAAGGCAAAAGAGAUAUUAAACUGACUCAAGCAGUAGAUUUGUGGAGUUUAGGGUGCUUACUCAUCUGGAUGUUCACAGGUCAAAAGAUGUUCCAGAAAAAACCAGCUGGUCCCUGUAAUAAUUGUAGUUUGCAGAAGAGAAAUGUGGAAAACUGUGAAUAUGGUAUUUUAGCACAACAAAUGAUUGAUGACAAAAUUGCAGGAGAACCAUUGCGUAGUUCAGAAAUGGGAUCUGCUUGUCUAGCCUUCCGAAAAUUAGUGUCCCGUGUGAUGACAUGUAAAGGCUGUGAACGUUUAACGAGCCAGACUGCACAAAAUCAUCCUUUCUUUUCAAUUCCAUUUGAGCCUUCUUUCUGUGAUAUGCUGCUACUGCCAACAGUUGUUAUCAGGAUACUCAACAGUAUAGAUGUAAACGAAACAAACACUCAUGAAGCCAUAAAAAAAGAAUUAACCAGUAGAUGCUGUAAAUUUGGAAAGUUGGUUAAAUGUGUUCUUCCAACUGAAGGUAAAGGAAAAGGAAUUAUAUUUAUGAAAUUUGAAAAGGCAGUGGAAGCCAUCACAGCUUUUAUACAGAUUAAUGGAAAGGUCUUGCAUAACCGGACAGUGAUCACAACAUAUCAUUCAGUUCGCGACUUUGAUGCUGGAAUAUAUUAUUAAUAAUUUAAGAAUUUUUAUUUUAGUAUAUAAUAGGGUAUAAUUACAUUGUAGGAGAAUUAUUUUUAAUCAUUUAAGAACACACAAAAAUCGUUAUAGCAGUCUGCGUGUUUUUAAAUUGCCAAAAUGACUUUUCCACCGUAUAAUGGUCUCAAAUCAAGUUACUUGUCAGACAAGUACAACUUCAAGACAUGGAAAAUUGAGCAAUUACCAAGUUCCAUGAGUUAUGUGAUAAAUAUUGUAAUUCUUUACUUGCUUUAUAUUUAUAUUCCUUGAAGGUUAUUUGAUCAAAAUAUCUUCAGCUUUAACAUUUAGAAAUUAAAUGAGUAUUUUGUACUCUGUGAUUGUCUAUGCAGUAAAAUGAUAUGAAGGGCACCCAGCUAUAAAAACUAUACCAAAAGUAACACGAUAUACACAAUUACAGUAUUGGCCAGUAUUUUUUCUCUGUUGUUGUGUCUGUCAGAUGUUGAAGAACUAUGACAAGUGGUGAGAAGUUAUGAGACCCGUCCAUGCCAGCAUGGAAAAAAAGGAUAUAAAUUGAUUAAUUUGAUGAUGAUGAUUGAUAUUUUAUGAUAUUUUGUCAUUUUGAUUAUUGUCAUUGACAAGUUACAACAUGUUUAGACAAGAAAAGAAUAUAGAGAUAACUUUGUUUUCCGUUUUUACUAUGUUUAUUUUCGCUAAAUGGCAUCA